ACAAAAUCGAUAUGCUCACCUGUGUUACGUGUGAAAUUGGGGGUCCAUCAUACGGCUUUUCCCGAAGCGAGCCCUCUUCUCUCUCCCUUCCAACUGAACCUGUGAGUCGAUCCGGAGAAAGGGGAGGAAUGGCGUCAUCCUCCAGCAGUGGCUUAACCUUCAAACUCCACCCGCUAGUUAUACUCAAUAUCUCGGAUCAUCACACUCGGGUCAAGUCCCAGUCACAACCCCCGCCUCCCCACGGUUCCUCUGGUGGCGCCGACCCCUCAUCACCCGCCGCUGCCUCGUCUCCUCCUAGGGUAUUCGGAUGCGUAAUCGGCGUUCAGAAAGGUCGCACUGUUGAGAUCUUCAACAGCUUCGAGCUUCUCUAUGACCCCGAUACUCAUACUCUUGAUCGCGGCUUCCUCGAAAAGAAGCAAGAGCUUUAUAAGAAGGUGUUUCCCAACUUUUACAUACUGGGAUGGUACUCAACUGGGAGUGAUGCUCAGGAAUCUGAUAUGCACAUUCACAAGGCUCUGAUGGAUAUCAAUGAGAGUCCGGUAUAUGUUCUUCUUAACCCCUCCAUCAAUCACGUACAGAAGGAUUUACCAGUCACCAUAUAUGAAAGCGAGCUGCAUGUGAUUGAUGGGAUACCACAGCUUAUUUUUGUGCAUGCCAGUUACACUAUUGAGACGGUUGAAGCUGAACGAAUAUCUGUUGAUCAUGUCGCACAUCUUAAACCUUCAGAUGGUGGUUCUGCUGCUACACAAUUGGCUGCUCAUCUUACGGGUAUACAUAGUGCUAUAAAAAUGCUAAAUAGCAGAAUCAGAGUGCUUGAUGACUAUCUUCUUUCCAUGCAAAAAGGUGAAAUUCCUUCUGAGAAUUCUUUGCUAAGGCAGGUCUCUAGUCUAUUGAGAAGAUUGCCAGCAAUCGAGUCCGAGAAAUUCCAAGAUGAUUUUCUAAUGGAAUAUAACGAUACACUGUUAGUGACAUACCUGGCGAUGUUCACCAACUGCUCAAGCACAAUGAACGAGCUGGUUGACAAAUUCAACACUGCAUAUGAUAGGCACAGUAGGAGAGGAGGGCGGACGUCUUUUAUAUGAGCACUCAGUUGGUGCUCUUGAGCAAUAUUUUUCCAACCAAAAUCACCAAGAGAAUUUAGGGAUGAUGAGGUCUAUAUUGUCCAAAGGCCAUCAGCAUUUUAGAAAUCAGUGACAUGUAUCUAUUUUAAUAUAUUCUACUUCUUUACUUUUUAUCUGCUAUUUGCAUAGGCACUAGCAACUCCUUUUUUGUCGUUACUUGUUU